UUGGAUCCUCUAAAAAAACAAAAAUUCCCAUUUGGAUCAAGAAGCCUGAAGCCUUCACGCCUCACGGCCCCGAGAUCCCAAACCAGACGGACGACCUCAAAAGCUCCGCCGCAGCGAUGGGCGUCGUCUCGGCGGUUGCUGACGCAGUGGUCGUCCUAUUCUCCCUCACAAUCGCGGUGGCGGCGCCGCUGAUCGACGCGCAGUCCGUCCUCCCGCACACCCUCUACCCGGCGCCGCUCCGUGACCUCAAGCGGUGGUACGCUGACGAGUUCGGCGACUACCUUAUGGCUCAGCCGCCGGGCUUCCUCCGGGGGCUCGUCUGGUUCGAGCUCGCCUUCCUCUGGCCGCUCGCCGUCGCCAACCUCUACGGCGUCCUCGCGCGCCGCCGAUGGGCUGCCACGACCUCCCUCAUCGCCGGCGUCUCCACCCUCACCUCCAUGUCUGCAAUACUCGGGGAGAUCUUAGGUUCUGGGAUAGCGACCGACAAGUUGCUUCAGAUGUAUGUUCCUUUUGUUGUUUUCGCUGUCGUCGCAAUUCUCCGUGGACUCUGCCCGUGCUCCUCUUCUGCUGCUGCUCCGUCGCUUGGGCCAUCGUCACGGAAGAAGAGGGCCUAACUUAGGUUCAUGUAUCUCUCACGAACAAUCUUUGGUCUCUCCCCGGUUGGAGUGGCAGGCACUGGCAAUAUUGAUCGUGUAACCCUGGGGUGUUUUGUAUUCCAGACUUCCUGAUAGCAUUUUCUAUAGCUUGCCAUGUUAUUCUUCUUAUGACAAGGAGAGUAUAUAUACACUAUUAUCUGGCAUGUAUUGCUAGGAUUAUUAAGCGGUGAAGACCAAGAAGGUGGUUUGCACACUUUCUUGUUUUAUUUACCCUAAAACAAUGUUUGCUUUCUGAAGUGUCUACAUGUUUUUAUUGGCUUAUCUUUGGCACUCCUUUUCUAGAACAUAAAAUUCUUCAUGUUAACUCAUAGAUUCCAUGAGUCUGUAAAUUCUUGCUGAGCCAAUCUUUUUACUGAAAUCAACGGUGCUAACUUUGCUUUCAUGUUUGUUGCACAUUAGCGCAACAAUUUUGUAUGCAGCAUAAUAUUAGGAUUAUUUAUAACAGCAGAGCAUAUGAUCUUCAUUUGCAUGUUGUUAAUGUAAGUUAGCAUGGUUUUCUCAGGCUCUCCUAAAUUCAUUGUUCACCUUCUAAUGGAGUUCCUCAUGGGCUGACAUUUAAUGAUGUAAGAUGUUUCACUAACACUGCCUUUUUCCUAGCUUUAUUUUCUUUUCUCAGAUCCUCUUUAACUCCAGUUAUUAUUUGUGUUUCAUUGCUAUAUCACAUUUUGGCCAACAUUUUCAUGGAUACAUUUAGAUCAAUAGCUCCGUAGAAAUCGCAUGCUAAGCUUCUAAUAAAUUAUACAAUUAACUAUCGGUGUUGGGUUGCCAUAAUAGUAUUCCAGAAAAAGUAUAUAUGUCUUCAUCUGUAAGUGAACGGGUGAAUAUUUCACGGAUGCCGUAUUGUGUCUAAAAUCCAAAACCCUAUUCUCUAUGGUCAAUGUUGUGAAAUUGCCUUGGGUGGUCAGCCAACAAGGUAUGCUGGGAGUCCACUAGAGUUCGAUCCUUGAAGGUCGCACUUUGAUGACUCAUUUUGUAUCUAUAUACUAUCGGACUGCAAUUGCACGGCUCUCACAGUUUAACUUCAAAAAAAUGGUGUGAAAUUGAUUGAACCCAGCAACCAUCUUUUAUCAUGGCCAUGAGAUCCUUCUAGAAGAUACAAUAUAAGAUGGAUUUAUAGUUCAAUUUCAGCACACGUAAAUGGGCAUUUUAAGAGCCUGCUGAGGAUUAGAAGAAGAUAUCAUCAAAGAAGGAUGAUGGAGUGAUUUGAGAUUAUAUAUCGGAACAAGCAGAAUCCCUUCUGCGCUGUGUUCAGAAGCUGACGUGUGUUGAGUUCUUACGUAUCAAUUGGAAGAAAGUUUAAGAUCAGAAGUUGUCUGUAGCCUCUAGUUUGCUGAUUACAGCAUGAAAACUUUAUUGUCGAUUUCACUGCAGCUGGAAGAAAGUUUAAGCUUGUAGACUUACUGAUAGAGAUAAAUGAAAGCUCUGUGUUUGCGGACGGAUGCAACUA